AGGUUUAAAUCUUUUGCUAGUGUUGAUGAGAACAUCAUUUUCUCCAAAGACACUUCCUUUGUAGAGUUCGAGUUCUGAGCCUUCAGUGUGCCCACCUCAAACCCAGUCCUUUGCCUGAUAGGGCCCAAAAAUUGGAGGGGAAUGAGAAGGAAAAAGUGACUCCAGCAUUGGGUAAGGUGGAGGGAGGAGCAUUUUCUUACCUGAGGGUGCCGGCCUCUCCCCUUGUUUGCUCUGAGAUAGCCAGUCUCGUUCCUGCCCGGCACCAGACGGCAGCCCUUUGGGCGCUCCCUUUCCCAGACCCCCAAGACAGACCAAGAGACCAGAACCAGGAGACCGGCAAGGCUAUGGCCAGGCUCCAGGCGAGGCCUUUCGUCUGCAGGGCCCUGCUGGGCUUCGUGUGCCUGAGCGCCCCAGGGCUGGCCGUGGAGGUGACCGUGCCAUCCGAGCCCCUGAGCACGCCCAUGGGCAAGACUGCAGAGCUGAGUUGCACCUACAGCACAUCAGUGAGAGACAGUUUCGUCCUGGAGUGGAGUUUUGUGCAGCCCGGGAAGCCCGUCUCCGCAUCUCAUCCCAUCCUGUACUUCACCAAUGGCCAUCUGUAUCCUACCGGUUCUAAGGCAGAGCGGGCUAGCCUGCUUCGCAAUCCCCCCACAGGAGGAGUGGCCUCUCUGAAGCUGACCGAUGUCCGCCCCUCUGAUACUGGAACCUACCUCUGCCAAGUUAACAACCCACCAGAUUUCUACACCAAUGGGCUGGGCUUAAUCAACCUUACUGUGCUGGUGCCCCCCAAUAGACCUUUAUGCAGUCAGAGCGGGACAACUUCUGUGGGAGGCUCUGCUGCACUGAGAUGCAGCUCUUCUGAGGGAGCCCCCAAGCCAGUAUACAACUGGGUACACCUUGGAUCUCCUACACCUUCUCCUGACAGUAUGGUUCAAGAUGAAGUGUCUGGCCAGCUCAUUCUCACCAAUCUCUCCCUGACUUCCUCGGGCACCUACCGCUGUGUAGCCAGCAACCAGAUGGGCAGUGCCUCCUGUGAGAUCACCCUCUCUGUAACUGACUCCUCUGAAGGCCGAGUGGCCGGAACACUGAUUGGGGUGCUCCUGGGUGUGCUGUUGCUGUCAGUCGCUGCCUUCUGCCUGAUCAGGUUCCAGAAAGAAAGGAAGAAGACGCCCAAGGAAACAUAUGGGGGUAGUGACCUUCGGGAGGACGCCACGGCUCCUGGCGUUUCUGAGCAAACUUCUAUGAGGGCGGAUUAUAGCAAAGGGCUCCUGGAGAGGUCCCCAUCUGCCAGCACUUUGACGGCCAAGUCCAAGCUCUCUAUGGUUGUCUGACUUCUGAUUCCUGAGGGUGGUGAGGGGGAAUAUCAGUAAUUAAAGCC